AGCUGGCUGUGGCGAGCCCGGACCACGGCCACUCCUCUGACUCUCACACACUGACCCUCACACACUCUCAGUCAGGUGUGUGUGUGGCCGGCAGCACAUACCUCCGCAGCAGCUUGGACUCCUCCUGCAGCGUUUGAAUUUAUUUUUAUUUUUGAUAUAUUUUUUAUACAGAAAAAAUACCGCCAUUAUGUUGUGGACGGCGAGUCAAGUCUUAAGGAAAUUCUCCACCUCCUCCAAUUAUUACCAGAAUAAGCUGAAACUAGCCAUCAUUGGCCAGAGCCUGUUCGGCCAGGAGGUGUACAGCAACCUGAGGAAGCAGGGUCACAAGGUGGUGGGCGUGUUCACAGUCCCCGACAAGGAUGGCAAGGCCGACCCCCUGGCGGUGGCAGCAGAGAAGGACGGGACGCCGGUGUUCAAGUUCCCACGGUGGAGGGUCAAGGGGAAGCCCAUUCCAGAGGUGGUUGAAGCCUACAAGGCAGUGGGUGCCGAGCUCAACGUCAUGCCCUUCUGCUCACAGUUUAUCCCAAUGAACAUCAUUGACAACCCCAAGCAUGGCUCCAUCAUCUACCACCCCUCCAUCCUGCCCCUGCACAGAGGAGCCUCCGCCAUCAACUGGACCCUGAUCCAUGGCGAUAAGAAAGCUGGAUUCUCUGUGUUCUGGGCUGAUGAUGGACUGGACACCGGACCCAUCCUGCUGCAGAGGGAGUGUGAGGUGGAACCCAACGACACCGUGGACACACUCUACAACCGCUUCCUCUUCCCAGAGGGCAUCAAGGCUAUGGUGGAGUCGGUGCAGCUCAUUGCUGAUGGAAAAGCCCCUCAAAUUCCCCAGACGGAGGAAGGAGCGAGCUACGAAGGCAUUCAGAAAAAGUCUAACGCCAAGGUCAACCUAGCCCAGCCAGCCCAGGCCAUCCACAACUGGAUACGCGGCCAUGACAAAGUACCCGGCGCCUGGACCGUCAUUGAUGGUCAGUCUGUCACCCUGUACGGCUCCUCCCUGUUGGGGGGGGUGGUGCCGGCCGGUCAACUGGAGUUGGAGGGGGUGUCCCAGCCCGGCGUGGUUACCAAAAGUGGGCUCGUGCUGUAUGGAACUGACGGGAAAGCUCUCCUGGUGAAGAACCUGCAGUUUGAAGAUGGGAAGAUGAUCCCUGCCUCUAAAUACUUCUCCUCUGGGGAAAGCUCCAGUGUGGAGCUGACUGAUGCUGAGAAGACGAUGGCGGAGGAGAUCCGGAACAUCUGGAAGGGCAUCCUCAGCAAUGUCCCAGCCAUCGAGGACACCACGGACUUCUUCAAGUCUGGAGCAGCCUCCAUGGACGUGGUCAGGCUGGUGGAGGAGGUGAAGCAGAAAUGUCCUGCUGUCCAGCUGCAGAACGAGGACGUGUACAUGGCCACCACCUUCCAGGACUUCAUCCAGAUGUUUGUCCGCAAGCUGAGAGGAGAGGACCAGGAGGAGGAACUGGUCAUCGACUAUGCAACCAAAGAAGUGAACAACAUGACGGUGAAAAUGCCAAACCAGUGUUUCAUCAAUGGCAAGUUUGAGGAUGCAGACAAUGGCAAGACCUACAAUACCAUCAACCCUACUGAUGGAUCAGUGAUCUGUAAGGUGUCCUACGCCUCAGUGGGGGAUGUGGACAGGGCAGUAGCAGCUGCCAAGGAGGCUUAUGAUGUCGGACCCUGGGGCAAGAUGAACCCCAGAGACAGAGGGAGUCUGCUUUACAGGCUUGCAGACUUGAUGGAGGAGCACCAGGAGGAGCUGGCCACCAUCGAGUCCAUUGACUCAGGUGCUGUGUACACGUUGGCCCUCAAGACACACGUCGGCAUGUCCAUUCAGACCUUCAGAUACUUCGCCGGCUGGUGUGACAAGAUCCAGGGCAAGACGAUUCCCAUCAACCAAGCCAGGCCCAAUCGCAACCUGACCUUCACUAAGAAGGAACCACUGGGUGUGUGUGCCAUCAUCAUCCCAUGGAACUACCCUCUCAUGAUGCUGGCGUGGAAGAGCGCCGCCUGCCUCGCAGCUGGGAACACGCUCGUCCUUAAACCCGCACAGGUCACUCCGCUGACGGCGCUGAAGUUUGCUGAGCUGUCAGUGAAAGCUGGCAUUCCGAAAGGAGUCAUCAACAUUGUGCCAGGCUCAGGUGGCAUGGUGGGACAGCGUUUGUCCGAGCACCCAGACAUCCGCAAGCUGGGCUUCACUGGCUCCACACCGAUUGGCAAACAGAUCAUGAAGAGCUGUGCAGUCAGUAACCUGAAGAAGGUUUCACUGGAGCUGGGAGGGAAGUCGCCUCUCAUCAUCUUCAAUGACUGUGACAUGGACAAGGCUGUCCGCAUGGGGAUGAGCUCUGUGUAUUUCAACAAAGGCGAAAACUGCAUUGCUGCUGGACGUCUAUUCGUGGAGGAGUCCAUUCAUGAUGAGUUCAUCAGCCGAGUGGUGGAAGAACUCAAAAAGAUGAAAAUCGGAGACCCUCUGGAUCGCUCCACAGACCACGGCCCGCAGAACCACAAAGCCCACCUGGACAAGCUGCUGGAGUACUGCGAGGUGGGGGUGAAGGAGGGAGCCACGCUGGUGUAUGGAGGCAAACAGGUGGACAGGCCAGGUUUUUUCAUGGAGCCCACUGUGUUCACUGAUGUGGAGGACCAUAUGUUCAUCGCCAAAGAAGAGUCCUUUGGCCCUGUCAUGGUGGUGUCCAAAUUCAAAGAUGGCGAUGUGGAUGGCGUGCUGCAGAGAGCCAACGACACAGAGUAUGGCCUGGCCUCAGGCGUGUUCACCCGUGACAUCAAUAAGGCCAUGUACGUGAGCGAACGGCUGGAGGCGGGAACAGUAUUUGUCAACACCUACAACAAGACCGACGUGGCUUCGCCUUUCGGAGGCUUCAAACAAUCAGGCUUCGGAAAAGACCUUGGAGAGGAUGCUCUCAUGGAAUACCUCAAGACCAAAGCAGUGACUGUGGAGUACUGAAGCACAGACUCCUCUAACGAACUCUGAUCAUCUGACUAGGAAGGGACUCGUCUGUCUGCUUCAGCCAGGACAUCCAGCUUCAUUCAGCAUAGCUUCUGGGUAGUGUGUGUGUGUGUGUGUGUGUGUGUGUGUGUGUGUGUGUGUGUGUACUGUAUGAAUGGGAGGAGAGCCACAGUUCGGACAUGGUGCCUGUCUUUUCUUGGCUCUCUGCACAAUAAUUCACAUCAUGGACAAGGGACACGUUGUUUAUACCCAUCUGUAUAUCUACACACAAACCCCUGAGUUGGACGCCUGACGGGAGCUGAAAAGGCUCUGACUCUUUUCAAAGUGAAAGCGUUUUAUGUUAAAACACCAUUUUAAACCUGAAACCUGUUUUCCCAUCAUUAUCAAUAAUGUUAAUCAGUUUGGUUCAACUUGUCAUGCUGCCUUCACCAUUUCUUUAAUAUCUCUGUUUCACCAGCCUUUUGCGCCAGAAAACAGACAAAGUUCUUAGUUCAUGGAUGAUUCAUCUAUACGUGAAUGUGAAUGUUGAAGCUUGUGUUCAGAUGCCUUAAGGUUGAAAUUUGGAGUGCUAAACUGAGGAGCUUUAUCUGGUCAGCACACAAAAUACAAGUCAAUAGUGAAACUAUUUGUUUGAAUUGGUGAUUGAGUAUAUGCAUAAAAUAGUGUUUUUUUGCCCUUAUUCCAAAAAAGACAAUAUUCCUAAUAAGCUGUAAACAUGUCUUAUGAAAAUGAAUAUUCCACUAAUACUGCCACUGCCACAUGCAGCUGUGCAUACUCCGAUAAAUGUGUCCUAACAUGUUAUUUAUCAUGUCAAAAUAUGGAAAGUAGAAUAGUUGGAGCUGUCAGUGUCAUCAUUCAGUUCGCUUCUUGGCAUCAAAAUAGUUUUUUUUUUUUUUUACAGUUUCCUACCGACUUUAUGGACUCUCUCUUUCCUUCCUCCAUCCUCAUGAAAAGGUUGGCGCUGUUACAUGUCCAAAAACCUGUUUGAUUUCCAAGUCUUGCAGAAAGUUUUAAAAUAGGUGUGUUUCUCCUUCCGACCAGGAAUGAGGAAUUUCUUUUGUACGCAUCUCCACCCCACAGCUUUGCAAACUGUAGGCGAUUUGGUUUGUGUGCAACGUAUUCAUGACAACUCACAGCACCGACCGUAAACAGAGGAGUGGGCGUGUGUUGCAAGCUGAGGUUGAAAUCCCAGUCGAGACGAAUAUUCCAAAUUGGCCGAAUAAUACUGGCAUAUCCCACGUCUUAAUCGAAAAAUGCGAAAAUUUGGAAAAUAGCCUGAUGCGGAAUAUUAAAAUUGAAUAUGCUGUAUAUGUGACUCUUAUCAAAUUCAGAAUGUUGUCAUAUUUGGAAAUAAUAUUCAAGAAUACUGGUGCACGUGUAACUGUACCCGUUGAGAUAAUGGGGAAACAGGAUUUAGGUCACAGAGCCAGUUACAGAAUAAUCUUAGUUCAAGGUCAAUUAACCAGUUUUUUUACAGCUUUCAAUCCUAUUUUUCAUCGCCGUGCCGGGGGAAAAACAGUAAACUGACCUUGAGGUAAAGUGGGUGUUCAUUAUUAUAUUGCUAGAAUAAUAUUUCCAAGGUAAAGAAUGAACUUUUACACUCACAUAAAAACAAACUGGUAGCAGUGAAAAAAGGGAUUGUCAAUGCUGUUUUAUUGUUGCUUUUCUAGUGCUGCUUUCAGACACCUUUCACAAGUAUUUAAACCCUUGAAC